AUGUGCAACAAUCAUUACGAAGAGACAAACACUUUGUGUGCCGAUGGUGAAAUAAUAAGUUUAAGACGAUGUGCGCGUGAGAUUCGACCACGACGUCGAACGGUUCCCGAUGGUAUGGACUUGGUCGGCAAUGACAGUGCGUGGGGGUGGAACGAGACCGAGGAGAGGGCGAGUCCGGACCUGUACAACUACUGGGCGUGGAGCAUCAUCGACGGCGCGCUCAUGGUGCUCAUCGUGAGCGGCAACACGCUCACCAUCCUGGCCGUCACGCUGAGCAGGCGCCUCUCCUCGCUCGUCUCCAACCAGUUCGUGCUCAACCUGGCCAUCUCCGACCUGAUGGUGGGCCUCACGCUGCCGUACCACCUCGUGUUCUACAUAGACACUGAAUUCGGAAGGAUAAAGUGGUCGUGCCUAAUGAGAUUCAUCUUGAUAAUAUUAGCAUGCCUGGCGUCCAUUUACAACAUCAUUGCGAUAGCUGUCGACAGGUACAUAGCGAUAGUGCACCCGCUUCACUACAGCCGGUACAUGACCAAGGUGGUGACUCGGGUGCUGAUGAGCGCUACGUGGUCGGUGGCCGUCUGCAUCAGCUGCAUACCCAUCUUCUGGAACGACUGGCACGACGGCGUCCCGUGCGAGAUGAAUAUGGUGGUGCCCCAGCGGUACACGACCAGUAUCCUGGCGCCGAUGUUCUCGCUCAUCUGGAUGGUGAUGUUCAUCCUAUACUGGCGGAUAUGGCGGGAGGCCACUUGCCACGCGCGCCGCUUGCGGGCCAACUCCUGCUGCCCGGCGGGCGGCAACGAUUGGAAGAGCAUACAGGUGGUGCUACUAGUGCUGGGCUCGUUCUCGAUAUGCUGGAUGCCGUUCGUGGUGGUGGCGUGCGCGCAGACGCUGCCCAUGCGGCCGCUGCACAACCCCAUCGCCUACCGCGUCACCUCCUCGCUGGCGAUGUCCAACUCGGGCAUCAACCCGCUCAUCUACGCGUGGAAGAACGCCGGCUUUCGGGCCGCCUUCGCCAAGCUGCUGCGGUGUAAGAGGCCCGACACCUCGGAGUACCGCGGCUCGCCGGCGCCCGAGAGGAAGAGAUGCUCGGUGGCUCUCAGGGAAGGGUCCAUCACGAGGUCCAGUGCUCCGAGCGCGCUGUCCAACCUCGGCGGGCGACCGGCCCGGCUGUUGUACGUGGAGAGCGAGGACACCUCCAGGUGCCGCAUCAUAGAGAACGCCGGGUACGUCGAAGCAGAUUGCGGGGACACCAACCCCUCGUACGCGCCCGACGGGCCCACCCCGGUGCACCGGGCCGCGAGACCGGACCCAGUGUAA